GACUGAAGACACUUCCACGUGGACACCUGACCAUGUGCUUGCCCUGAGCAGCGAGGUCCACCAGCCAUCUCUAUUGUGGGCAGCAGGGCCAGGUGCUCAUCUGUGGACCCCCAGCAGUUGUCAGGCUCCUCCGGCAGUGGGGUCAGGGCUUCGGCCCCACCAUGUCGAGCCUCGGCGGUGGCUCCCAGGACGCCGGCGGCAGUAGCAGCAGCAGCAGCAACUCCAGUGGCAGUGGUGGCAGUGGUCCAAAGGCAGGAACGGCAGACAAGAGUGCAGCGGUGGCCACUGCUGCACCAGCCUCGGUGGCAGAUGAUGCACCACCCCCUGAGCGUCGGAACAAGAGCGGUAUCAUCAGCGAACCCCUCAACAAGAGCCUACGCCGCUCCCGCCCACUCUCCCACUACUCUUCCUUUGGCGGCAGUGGUGGCAGUGGUGGUGGCAGCAUGAUGGGCGGGGAGUCUGCUGACAAGGCUGCUGCAGCUGCAGCCGCUGCCUCCCUGUUGGCCAAUGGGCAUGACCUGGCAGCGGUCAUGGCGGUGGACAAAAGCAACCCUACCUCAAAGCACAAAAGCAGUGCUGUGGCCAGCCUGCUGAGCAAGGCUGAGCGGGCCACGGAGCUGGCAGCCGAGGGACAGCUGACGCUGCAGCAGUUUGCGCAGUCCACGGAGAUGCUGAAGCGCGUGGUGCAGGAGCACCUACCGCUGAUGAGUGAGGCGGGUGCUGGCCUGCCUGAUAUGGAGGCCGUGGCAGGUGCCGAAGCCCUCAAUGGCCAGUCCGACUUCCCCUACCUGGGCGCUUUUCCCAUCAACCCAGGCCUCUUCAUCAUGACCCCGGCAGGUGUGUUCCUGGCCGAGAGUGCGCUGCACAUGGCUGGCCUGGCUGAGUACCCCAUGCAGGGAGAGCUGGCCUCCGCCAUCAGCUCAGGCAAGAAGAAGCGGAAACGCUGUGGCAUGUGUGCGCCCUGCCGGCGGCGCAUCAACUGCGAGCAGUGCAGCAGUUGUAGGAACCGAAAGACUGGCCAUCAGAUUUGCAAAUUCAGAAAAUGUGAGGAACUCAAAAAGAAGCCUUCCGCUGCUCUGGAGAAGGUGAUGCUUCCGACGGGAGCUGCCUUCCGGUGGUUUCAGUGACGGCGGCGGGAACCCAAAGCUGCCCUCUCCGUGCAAUGUCACUGCUCGUGUGGUCUCCGGCAAGGGAUUCGGGCGAAGACAAACGGAUGCACCCAUCUUUAGAACCAAAAAUAUUCUCUCACAGAUUUCAUUCCUGUUUUUAUAUAUUUUUUUUCUGUUGUCGUUUUAACAUCUCCACGUCCCUAGUAUAAAAAGAAAAAGACAAGAAAAAAAUCUAACUGCUUUUUCAGAAGAACAACAACAAAAAAAAGAGGUAAAGACGAAUCUAUAAAGUACGAGACUUCCUGGGCAAAGAAUGGACAAUCAGUUUCCUUCCUGUGUCGAUGUCGAUGUUGUCUGUGCAGGAGAUGCAGUUUUUGUGUAGAGAAUGUAAAUUUUCUGUAACCUUUUGAAAUCUAGUUACUAAUAAGCACUACUGUAAUUUAGCACAGUUUAACUCCACCCUCAUUUAAACUUCCUUUGAUUCUUUCCGACCAUGAAAUAGUGCAUAGUUUGCCUGGAGAAUCCACUCAUGUUUAUAAAGAGAAUGUCGAUGGCGCCGUGUAGAAGCCCCUCUGUGUCCAUCCAUGUGUGCAGAGCUGCCAGCGAGGUGCUCGCAGAGGGGAAGGGAGCCCCUCACCCCCAUCCCCGGGCCCAGGCCAGCCGUGUUGCACCCACAGUCCCCAGACUGGGUGGGAUCCCUCACCCCAGUGGUGAUGAUUCUGGAAAAAUGAAAGCUCUGUUCGUUUAUCCAUUGAGAUCUGGGAGCCCAUGUCUCGAUAUUUCCAAUCCUGGCUACUUCCCUUAGAGAAAAUAAGUCCCUUUUUUUCUGGCUUUGCUGAUGGCAACAGAAGAAAGGGCUUCCUUGCGUGGUCCCCUGCCGGUGGGGGUGGGUGCCCAGGGGGCCCCCGUGCGGCCUGGGCCCCCCGCCCAUGGCCAGCUUCCUGCUGAUGAACAUGCUGUUUGUAUUGUUUUAGGAAACCAGGCUGUUUUGUGAAUAAAACGAAUGCAUGUUUGUGUCACGAAG